GUGGCGGAACGCUGAGGCUCUGCUUCCGGCGCAGGAGUCGCGUCGCCGCUUUCUGGCUAUGGCGGCGCUCAGCCGGCAGGUUUUGGAUUGGCACCGCCUGAUCCCCCUCUCCUGGGCUGGCAUCGCUAGGCACACGCCUCACUUUGGAGAACAGAAAAGGGCAACGGCUUCCUUGCUGCGUAAACUGACCACAGCCUCCAGUGAAGGGGCCUUUGAGGGUUCACCCCAUGUCCAACCCAGGAAGUGUGUGCAGGAACCAGAGUGCAGGACAAGCCUUACUCAGUGCCUUGAGAAGCAGAGGGCUCCUGUGGAUGGAGGGUCCUUGGAGCGAGAGGUGGUCAUCAGUUCCCUCCUGGACAUGGGUUUCACUGAUGUCCAUGUCCAAGAAUUGCUCAGUAUACAACCAGGUCCCCACCCUCAACAGUUGCUGGGCAUCACCUCAAAGCUAAUACUCUUGGGUGUGAAUCCAGAGCCUGUGUGCGUGAUCUUGAAGAAAAGCCCUCAGUUAUUGAAACUGCCUGUAAUGCAGAUGGAGAAGCGCUCCAGUUACCUUCGAAAACUUGGGAUUGGAGAAGGGAAACUAAAGAGGGUGCUUUACUGUUGCCCCGAAGUUCUCACCAUGCAUCAGCGGGACAUUGACCGCAUCGUCAAGGUGCUCAGGGAGAAGUGCCUUUUCACGGUUCACCAAGUGACUGAGAUUUUGCACAGAUGUCCCUAUGUUCUUCGGGAGGACCCGGAUGAGCUGGAAUACAAAUUCCAGUAUGCCUACUUUAGGAUGGGGGUGAAGCACUCGGACGUGGUGAGGACUGACUUCCUGCAGUACUCCAUCACCAAGAUCAGGCAGAGACACACGUUCCUGGAGCGCCUAGGUCGGUACCAGACCCCGGAUAAGAAGGGGCAGACGCAGAUCCCCAACCCUCUUGUCAAGGACAUUCUCAGAGUUUCAGAAGCUGAAUUUCUGUCCAGGACAGCCUGUUCUUCUGCUGAGGAGUUUGAAGUUUUUAAGAAGCUCCUGGCUCGGGAGGAGGAAGAGGAGUCUGAGAGCCACAUGUCUGGUGACGAAAGCACUAGUGAAAAGGAAGAGGAGGAGGAGGACCAGGACCAGGAGGAGGAGGAGCUAUGAUAGAAGGCCCAGAGACAUUAAAGGACAUUUUUGUUCUCUCAGAGCUUUUGGAGCUUCACUUGGACCUUCUCAGGCCAUUUUUCAUUCUAAAACUAGUGUUUCGAUGAAAAAUUAUCAUAGAUCACUUGAGAAGUAGGUCAGACUGAGUUAGAGGUUGGUUAGUUUAAUUUGUUGUCAGGUCUCUGGGGAGAGCCCUGCUCCAUUGAAAAUAAAGACUGACUCUCAGCUGUUGGAAUUGGGAA